CUCUGCCUGCCUUCCUGCAGCCCUCCCCACCUGUAGAAGAUGUCAGCUCUCCUGUGGUGUCCUCGCAGCUCCUUCUGGCUGCUGCCCAGGCACAGCAGAUUGCAUCAAUCCAACGCUGGGCGUUCACUCAAGACACUUUUCCUGGCUCUCUGGUGGCUGCUGUUGGGAAUUGUCCUGCUUUGCUGUGCAGCAGAGUCUUCUGUGUUUAAAAUUGGUGUGCUUGGCCCCUGGGACUGUGACCCCCUCUUUUCCAAGGCCUUUCCCCAGCUGGCUGCCAGGCUAGCCGUGGAACGGAUAAGCAAAGAUCCUUCGCUCCCUCUCGGCCACAGGCUGGAUUAUGUGGUUCUGCAAGAGGAAUGCGACACACCAAGAGCUCUGCUUAGCUUCCUUGGCUUUGGGAAGCUUUCUUCAGCUUUCAUAGGCCCCCUGAACCCUGGACUCUGCGAGGUGGCCACACUUCUAGGGGAAGACUGGAAUAAAGCCAUCUUCUCUUGGAUGUGUGUCAGCUACCGGCUGGAUUCCGCCUUCCAUCACCCUACCUUUGCCAGGACCUUGCCCUCUCCGGCCCAAGUCUUGUUUGCAGUGAUGAAGCACUUCAGCUGGGCUCACGUUGGCAUCAUUGCUUCCAAAGAGGCUAUUUGGAUGGACACUGCCAGCAAGCUAGCAAGUGCACUCAGGAGCCAGGGGCUUCCUGUAGGCAUCGUUACAUCCCUGCGCGGGGGAGAAAAGGGCAUGGAGGAGACCUGGAAUGAGAUCCAAGGAGUUGAAGGCAUUAAAAUCCUGGUGCUGUGCAUGCAUUCUGUGCUGGUUGGAGGGCAGGAGCAGGCCACCUUCCUCACCAAGGCUCUGGAAAUGGGGCUGGCAGGUGGCAGAUAUGUCUUCGUGCCCUAUGACACCUUGCUCUACAGCCUGCCUUACCAGAACCACUCCUUCAGCGCCCUCGCCGCGGACGCCAGGCUGCAGGAGGCCUAUGAUGCUGUGCUGACUGUCACACUGCAGUCUGCAGGGAGCACCUUCCUGGAUGCAUUCAAAGCCAAACACAGAGGUGAAAUAAUCGAGGGCUUGGAAGCCACCCAGGUUUCUCCCCUUUUUGGCACCAUCUAUGACUCCAUUUACCUGCUGGCAAUGGCCAUGGGCAGCGCCCGGCGCAGCGGAGCCAAGCUCUCAGGGUCUGCCCUAGCUGAGCACACCAAAAACCUCAGCUUCCCUGGAUUUAGCAACUGGAUCCAGACAGACAGCUGUGGGAAGAGGAUGAGCAACUACGUCAUACUGGACACAGAGGGCCGUGGGAACCAGCUCUUCCCAACCCACUUGCUGGACAUGUCUUCAGAGCCUGUGUCUGUGAGGAGCCUGGAUUGGGCCAUCCACUUUCCCAGUGGAGCUCCACCCAAGCCAGACCCAAGCUGCUGGUUUGAUCCAGAUGUUCUCUGCACUGGAGGGAUUGAGCCUGCAGUCGUCAUUCUGGGAGCUAUGCUGCUGUUUGCCCUGCUGCUUUGUGCUGUGGGCCUGACCUCUCUCAUCAGGCAUAACCUCCUGAAGAGGCAGCUAUUCAGGGGACCCAACAAGAUAAUACUAACCUUGGAGGACCUCAUCUUCAUCAACCCAGAGCUACGUAAAAAGAGGCUGACCUUGGACAGUCUGACUGAUGCAAACAGCCUGGCAGCUGAUGGCAGAAGCCUGAAGUCUGUAACCCACUCCUCUUCCUCAAAAGGUGCAGCUGCCACCCACGAGACAUCCAACGUGGCUCUGUGUGAGGGAGACUGUGUGUGGCUGAAGAAAUUCGAGGCAGGAGCAGCUCCCAGGCUAAGGCAAAGCUCCACCAGCAUCCUGAGGAAGAUGAAGGAUCUGCACCAUGAAAACGUGAACCUGUUCCUGGGCCUCUUCUCUGACUGUGGCAUCUUUGCCAUAGUGACAGAAUACUGCUCCCGAGGCAGCCUGCAGGACCUGCUGAGAAGUGAGGACAUGAAACUGGAUUGGAUGUUCAAGUCCUCUCUCCUGAUGGAUCUAAUCAAAGGGCUCAGGUACCUGCACCAGCAGGGCUUUGCCCACGGGCGCCUCAAGUCGCGCAACUGCGUGGUGGACGGACGCUUCGUGCUGAAGGUCACUGACUAUGGCUACAACGAGCUCCUGCAGGCACAGCAGUGCCCACACACCCAGCCAGCCCCAGAAGAGUUGCUCUGGACAGCUCCUGAGCUGCUGAGGGAGCCAGGCCCGUGCAGAAAGGGCACCUUCAAAGGGGACAUUUACAGCUUUGCAAUCAUCCUGCAAGAAGUGGUUGUUCGGGGCCCACCAUACUGCAUGUCAGAGCUCUCAGCUGAAGAGAUCAUACAGAAGGUGAAGCAGCCUCCCCCCCUGUGCCGCCCGAGCGUGGCCCCGGAGCUGGCCCCGCGGGAGUGCAUCCAGGUGAUGAAGCAGUGCUGGGCUGAGGCCCCCGAGCGGCGCCCAGCCUUGGAGGAGGUGUUUGACCAGUUCAAAACCAUCAACAAGGAGAAAAAGAGCAACAUCAUUGACUCAAUGCUCAGGAUGCUCGAGCAGUAUUCCAGCAACCUGGAAGAUUUAAUUAGGGAACGGACUGAACAGCUGGAGGUGGAGAAACAGAAGACAGAGAAACUCCUCUCACAAAUGCUCCCCCUGUCAGUGGCAGAAGCCCUCAAGACAGGUGGCACUGUGGAGCCAGAGUACUUUGAGCAGGUGACCAUCUACUUCAGUGACAUCGUGGGCUUCACCACCAUCUCAGCCCUCAGUGAACCCAUCGAAGUAGUUGACCUUCUGAACGACCUUUACACUCUGUUUGAUGCUGUCAUUGGAAACCAUGAUGUUUAUAAGGUGGAGACAAUUGGUGAUGCCUACAUGGUUGCCUCGGGGCUCCCGAAGCGGAACGGGAACAAGCACGCGGCCGAGGCAGCAAACAUGGCCCUGGACAUCCUCAGCUCCGUGGGGACCUUCAGGAUGGGACACAUGCCAGAGAUCCCCCUCAGGAUACGGAUUGGGCUGCACACAGGGCCCUGUGUGGCAGGUGUGGUGGGGCUCACCAUGCCCCGGUACUGCCUCUUCGGGGACACGGUGAACACUGCAGCCCGCAUGGAGGCCACAGGCCUGCCUUACAGGAUCCACCUCAGCCAGAGCACAGUGGAUACCCUUCGUAGUCUGAAUGAAGGUUAUGAAAUCAGACCUAGGGGCAAAACAGACCUGCAGGGUAAAGGAGUGGAAGACACAUACUGGCUGCUUGGCAAAAAAGGCUUUCUGAAGCCCUUACCUAAACCUCCUGAAAUGCAGGCAGGGUGCAGAGCUCAUGGGUUACCUGAGGAAGAAAUUGCAGAGCUCAGAAGGAGGAAGGCUGCAAAGGUCCUUGGCAACAAGGCCUAGAGCCCAGGUAGCAGCUGCAGGACAGCCCCAGCCUAGCACUGCUCCGUUGCGGCUGCUCCUGCCUUGUCCGCGUCGCUGCUCUUAGAGUCAUGCCUCCUUUCUCAUCCCACUGGGGGGCAUUUUGGGUGGGGGUUGGGUUUGGUUUGUCGU